AUGGAGGAUAUAGUGAAAUUCACACCGGUAUAUGAUGAUGCCACCGCGCGAUUGCUAGCGAGCGAAUUCACGAGACUCGAAGGUGAGUGCUACGUAGAUCACGCGGGUACAACUCUGUAUUCAGAAACGCAGAUCAAAAAUGCUGGAGCUAAUCUGCAUGGAUGUCUCUAUGGAAAUCCACAUUCCACUGGAAAUUCAAAGACACUAGACAUUAUUGAGCGUAUGAGAUACCGAAUUCUGAGUCACUUCAAUACGAAUGCUGAUGAGUACACUGUUAUCUUCACCUCGGGCGCCACGGCAAGUCUAAAGAUAGUCGCGGAAGGAUUCCGUUUUACGACGGAUGAAAAAAAGAUAGCAACGUCCCCGCAUUCAGGAAGUUUUGUUUAUGUACAGGACAAUCACAUGUCAGUCCUCGGGAUGCGAGACGUAAUCGCAGUUAAAGGUGCCGAUGUCAUUUACCUGGACCAUGAUCAGGCGUUUCACAUUUUCAACCAGCCUCCAACCUGUCGAGAUUCUAACGAGACAAAGAGCAGUAAUUCUCUUUUCGUGUAUUCUGCGCAAUGCAAUUUUUCUGGUUUAAAGUAUCCCCUUAAAUGGAUAAGUGAUGCGCAUGCUGGGGCGCUUUCUGUUUUUGUUAGAAAACCAUCGACCAGAUGGUAUGUUUUACUCGAUGCAGCUAGUUUCGCGGCAACGAAUAAAUUGGAUUUAUCUGUUUUUAAACCAGACUUCGUAUGUCUAUCAUUUUAUAAAAUGUUUGGCUAUCCCACCGGUAUUGGCGCCCUGCUGGUUAAAAACACCAGCUCGGAUGUUUUAGAUAAAACGUAUUACGGUGGCGGUACUGUGGACAUCGCUUUGAGUUCUGAAAGAUUUCACAGAAAACGUGAAAUACUGUAUCAAAGGUUUGAAGAUGGAACCGUACCGUUUCUAUCAAUCGUGUCGUUACAAUAUGGCUUUGAAAUACUUUCAAAGUUAACUAUGGAUCGAAUAUCAAAACACGUUUUUUCACUCGCUAAAACUCUUCAUCACUCUUUGUUAAUUUUACAUCAUUGUAAUGGUAAACCUGUUGUAAAACUCUACUCUGAUUCUGAUUAUGAAGAUCGUAGAUCACAAGGCGGCAUUGUUACAUUUAAUGUUAUGCGCUCCAAUGGUGAACAUGUAGGAUACAUGAAAGUUCUAAAUAUGGCAGCAUUAUUUAAGAUACAUCUAAGGACAGGUUGCUUUUGCAAUCCCGGUGCAUGUCAAAGACAUUUAUCCUUUUCGACAAAAGAGAUUCUUAAAUAUUAUGAGGCUGGAUAUGUAUGCGGUGGUGAAACAGAUUUAGUAAAUGGGAAACCAAUUGGAGCAUGUAUUUUAAAACGGUUAUUCAUAUAUCCUAUUAAAUCAUGUGGAGCACACGAAAUUACAGACUCAUGGAAUUUAAAUUCAAAGGGUCUAGAAUUUGAUAAAGAGUGGAUGAUAAUAACAUCUUCUGGAACUUGCUUGACACAAAAGCAUCAUACGAAUUUAUAUUUGCUUAAGCCUGUUAUUCUUAGAAAGCAAAAUAUUAUGAGACUAACAUAUCCAGGAAGGCCAACAAUUGACAUUCCUUUAGAAAAUGUUUACGAAAAGUCAAUCGAAUAUUCUACACAUCAAAACACAGUAUAUGAAAGUAAAGUACAAAGUAUUGAUUGUGGAUCAAAAGUUUCUGAAUGGCUAAGCUUAGCAUUGGGCAAACCAAAUCUUAAAUUAAUUCGACGAAGUCGUGAGAGACAAAAAAAUGAAUUAAAUAAAGCAGAAUUAUCUAACCAGACGCAGUAUUUAGCAGUAAACGAAGCAAGUAUGUCAUGGUUUAUUGAUAAAAUAUCUGAUGACUUAGAUUUUUUAAAAGAUGCAAUGCAUCAAUUCAAAUCAAAUAUCAUUGUGGGAGGCUGCGAAGCCUUUGAUGAAAUGCAAUGGGAACAUGUUCGCAUUGGAAAUAACAAUUUUAAGGUAAACGGCCCUUGCACAAAAUGUCAAAUGAUAAGCCUUGAUCAAACAAUUGGUGAAAAGACUAUUGAGCCAUUAAGAACAUUAACAGAAGAGUUCCAUGAAAAGCUGAGAUUUGGAAUCUGUUUAACUAGAUUAGAGAAAACGCAAAGUACGCUUAAGAUUGGAGAUUAUAUAUAUUUUUCUUAGAGAUAUAAUCUUUAAAUAAUUAUCUAAACUUUACGUAUACAAUUUAUCACGA